AUGACGACAUCGGAACGACGACUUGUCGGCUUUUCUGAAGCCCUGGACUGGCGUUCUAUGAACUUUAUGGAUCUCAUCUCGCUCAGGGGUUGCUCCUUGUGCAGCGUCGUUCCCCAAGUGACGUAUGUUCUGGAAUGUUCGCACGCGCUCUGCGAACUGUGCUACCACAAUGUUCGUCAGGGUGAAAGACGAUGUCCUUUAGACGAUGAAGACUUUGAAGAGAUUAAUACAAGUAAGUUGAUCCUGAAACCGGGACAAAUUUGGAAGCAAAAGGCGCGGUGUUGCAACUUCAAGGAUGGAUGUGAUUUUGUGGGAACUGUUGAAGAAGUAAAGCAGCACUUUUUCAACCAUUGUACCUUUCAUGCUGUCACCUGCAGCCGAUGCCAAGUAAAGGUGCUUCGAAAAGAGAUCGUUGAUCAUUACGUGCAAGAAUGUAGGUCACGGGAUGCUGUGUGCUCAUCGACAAAUGUCAUGGAGAUGGGAAGAAAGAUAGACGUCUCAUUGGGAAUCGUGGCAGACCGACUGGCUGCAGUGGAGAAUCAGCUGCACAGCCAUGCAAUAACAAUAGGAACUACCAAGCACACUGUAGUAUCGAAUGGUGUUAUACUGAAAGAGUUUGUGGAACGACAAGAGCGCAUAGCAAACCAUGACAGCCUCGGAACUGUGAAAGAUACGCUACAUGGCAUGAUGGAGCACAUCGAAGAACUGACCGUGUUUUUGCGCACCAUAAAAGAUGCUUCGUCGUAUUUUAUUUCAGAGAACGCGGCAGCGCCAGUAGAGCAAAGUACCACUAUAUCGGACAACGAGUAUGAAGUUGGAGCUAUUCAAAACUCACCCAGCGGGACCACGCCUGGCACUAACGACCAUACGACCAAAUUGAAGGAGAUUAUCAAAGUUGCCCUCGGUGCUUAUAAGCAAGUGACCAGUUUCCAUGAAAUGUUGAGCGAGAUGUAUCAAUUUUGCUGUUUGAAGGGCAGUGUCGCCUAUUUCCACUUUGAUUAUUUUGCCGCUCGUAGGAAAGAAUCGUUAAACAAGCAAGUGCAAGAAUGGUCUGGAGUGUUCGUCUUGCAUGGCUACUCUUGUAGACUGCACGUGCAAAUGGGUACAUGUAAUGGAGACCUGUACUUGGGUGUUUUCCUAUGCAUUUGUCAGAGCUCGAAUGACAGCCUUUUGAGAUGGCCGUUCACAUACCCUUGUACCCUGAUGUUAGUUCACCCAACCGAUGAGACAAAGAACGUUGAGCAUCAUAUUGACGUCUUAAAACACAUGGAUGAGCACAGCGACGUUUUCAGCAAACCAGUUGGAGAUCGCAACCCAAUGUUUGGCACACCUGUGCUCUGCAAAUUACAAGAUGUAGUGAAGGGAGGUUUCGUACAUAACGACUCUAUCACUGUCAGUGUAAGGAUUCCCUAA